GCAGUGACAGGCAAUGGCACAAGUUAAGAUGCAGACUACAGCAAACCUGUCUGGACCCACCAUGUCCCCUAUGGUGCUACCCCUGCCAGUUACAGCUGCAAAUACCCUGAGUCUGCCAUCCUCAAUGAAUGGAUCCAUUUCUGAAUCGGCUACCAGCUGCAGCAGUCCUGCUGCCAACCUUGUGGAUCCUGCCUCUUCUAACAACUCACCAGCUCCUCUCCAAGAUAACAUGGCAAACCCCAAAGAGAAAACUCCAAUGUGUCUGGUAAAUGAGUUAGCCCGUUUCAAUAGAAUUCAACCCCAGUAUAAGCUCCUGAACGAAAGAGGGCCUGCUCAUGCCAAGAUGUUCACAGUGCAGCUGACUCUUGGAGAACAGACAUGGGAAGCUGAAGGAAGCAGUAUUAAAAAGGCCCAACAUGCUGCUGCUAGCAAAGCAUUGAGUGAAACUACCCUUCCCAAACCAACGCCUAGACCUCCCAAAAAUAAUGUAAACAAUAAUCCAGGCAGUAUAACUCCGACUGUGGAGCUGAAUGGUCUGGCGAUGAAGAGGGGAGAGCCUGCCAUCUACAGGCCGUUAGAUCCAAAGCCUAUUCCCAAUUACAGAGCAAAUUACAAUUUCCGGGGCAUGUACAAUCAGAGGUAUCACUGCCCAGUGCCUAAAAUUUUCUAUGUCCAAUUAACUGUUGGCAACAGUGAGUUUUUUGGUGAAGGAAAGACUCGUCAAGCUGCUAGACAUAAUGCUGCAAUGAAGGCCCUUCAAGCUCUCCAAAAUGAGCCUAUUCCAGAAAAAUUACCUCAGAAUGGAGAAACAGGAAAAGAAUCAGAAGAAGAUAAAGAUGCGAACAAGUCUGAGAUCAGUGUAGUGUUUGAAAUUGCUUUGAAGCGCAAUAUACCUGUCAGUUUCGAG